AUGUCCUCCUCUUUCCCUCUCUUCAACCUGCCUUCUGAAGUAAUUCUCCAUGUGAUCAAAUCUAUGGACUGUUUUGAAUACAUAACCUUCUCAUUCCUCUCCGAGCGAGCGAAGAGUGUUGUGAAGUCGAUGAAUUUAAAGUUGGGCACACAUACGUGGUCUUGGAGUUCACAAAAGGGAACCAACAAUUUCCUGAUAAAUUUACUAUAUCUCCUAGAGGAUCCAUUUACUGAAUAUAUCGUAGAAGAGCACAGCUUUAAGGAAUGGAUGGAGCACUGCAAAUCUAUUUUCAACUAUGCUGGGUUUCUUGACAUUACACUUGCUAAAGGUUUUCAACUAUUCGAUCUUAAUGAGAUCAGUACCAUUAUCGGCUCGAUCAGAAACGUUACGAUUUCCCCAGGAGUUGGUGAUACUGAGGUUGAGGUGAUACUGAAGCAUUUCCCAACAAAACCACUUUGGUUCAAAUUUGGAAUUUUCGAAAUGGGAGCUUUCGAAGCUCUCCUACACCCACAUCGGAUUUUGAUUCAAAAUAUUGAUAGUCUCUGCAUUGAGGAGGUUGAUCCACAGAUUUCAUUGGAUGAUUGA